AUGAAAUCUGUUACUGUCAAAGGUAGUUUAUAUAAUGACGAACUCAGUACAUCAAAUUGGUUAUCAAUUUUUUAUUCAAAUUUUAGUGGUAAAGUUUCUUUAAUUUUAAACACAAUUUCAACGGAAAAAUCAAAUUUCGAUUUAUUUAAUUUUAAUAAUUCAAAUAUAAGAUUUGAAAAUAUAAGUAUAAGUCAUCCAAAUGGUAUUGGUGUUGGUGGUAGUAUAGUUAAAUGUAAUAAUUCUACUAUUAAUUAUAUUGGUGAAAUUUUAAUUUUAAAUUCCGUUUGUUCAACUUGUGAUUAUUUUUACAAUGGAAACCAUAGUAUAUGUAAAAAUGAUACUUCAAGUGGAACCACCACAUCGAAUGGUAGUACAACUGGUGGUGGUAGUACAACUACAAAUGAAGAUAAAAACUCAAAUGGUUCAAACAAAUUGGUAUCAAUUUAUUAUCCAAUAUUAAGUAUAAUUACAAUGGCUCUAACCUUCCUAUAG